AUGCGCAAUCUAAGAGAACUUUACAAGUUGGAAAGCAGCCAGUGUCGCGUUUUCGAGACGGUGCGACAGUUUAUUGCAAGUGCAAAAAUAAGUGCAGUGAGAAGUGAAGUAAUCGGUGUACGCAUAGAACGCCUGGACGAUGCGUUCAAGCAGUUUCAGCUAGUGCGUGCGGAAAUCGAGCUGCAGACCGACCAGGUGACCGGUGUGGAGGAUCCUGAGCAGGAGCUGACGCUGAUUACCGCACGAGCCGAGGAAAAUGACAGCCUUUCGAUGCAGAAAGAAGAUGAUUAUUGUACCAUGAAGGGUGAGCUGUUAUACCUCCAAUCAUUAGCGUAUCGAUCUGAAAACGGUUGCCAAGCGCCCAACACCAGUUCCCAGGAGUCGAUCGGGUCAUCAUCAAGUUUGGCACGCGUUAAACUGCCCGAGAUAUCUCUGCCAAGCUUUGAUGGGCAGAUCAAGCUUUGGAUAACGUUCCGAGAUUCUUUCAACAGUCUCAUCCAUUCUAACAACCAUCUGACGGCGAUUGACAAGUUCUCGUACCUACGUUCCGCGCUGAGAGGAGAAGCGCUUCAGGAGGUGAGCUCAAUCGAGAUUACGGCAGCCAAUUACGAAGUGGCAUGGGCUGCUUUAACAAAUCGAUAUGAGAAUCCAAAGCUCAUAGUCAAAACAAAUUUAGAUGCGCUUUUUAAUGCGGAGAUGAUGCGCAAAGAGAGCUACGAUGAGUUGAGCAAACUAAUUGGUGACUUUGAGAAAAAUAUCCAGAUGUUGACAAAAGUUGGCGAAUCUUCCGACGGUUGGAGCACUUUGCUGGUGCACAUGAUCUGUGCACGAUUGGAUUUGUCGACGUUGCGCCAUUGGGAAACCCACCAUAAUUCACGAGAGGUGCCAAAUUUCAAGCAAUUGAUGCGUUUUCUGAGAGAUCACUGUACUGUUUUGCAAACAUUAGCGCAUCAAUCUACUGCAGCGGACUGCCAUUCUAAUCGGUCAAGUUUUGGAGUGAGCCAUCCCAGUAUUCAAUUCUUCUCAAGAUGUCCAUUCUGCGGUGAAGAUUUUCAUUCUGCUUUCCGAUGCAUGAAGUUUUUGAAAUGUACAGUCGAAGAACGCGGUGAUUUAGUGAAGAGGGCUCGACUGUGCCUGAACUGUCUGUCUCCCGGUCACAUGGCUCGUGUCUGCAGCAGAGGCUCGUGUCGUCACUGCGGAUUGCGCCAUCAUUCGUUGCUGCACACAGAUUCUCAAUCCUCCGUCUCGCAAAUCCAUACAAAUUCCACGCCGCCAGUACGUCAAGCUCCGCAAUCCCCACCACCAUCUCCGCCAUCCCAACCGAUCCCUUCUACUAGCCCACUUUCCAGACCACAAACCUCCUCAUCGUUCACAGUUAUACAAAUGCCAGACUACUCUACAGACUUCUCUGGCGACAACCAACACACAAUUGGACAUCCCACACAAGUACACACACCACCACACCAAGUACUUCUGUCAACGGUCGUUGUUCGCAUCCUGGACCAGUCAGGAAACUUCCGGCAAGCCAGAGCCUUGUUAGAUUCUGGCUCACAGUUAAACUUCAUCACCACGACAUUCUGCCAAAGUUUGAAGCUCCAGAGUUCCUCCGAUAAUCUUACCGUCCAAGGAAUCGGUGGGUCAACCGUCUCGGAACAGCAGGUGACGGCAUCCGUUUUUCCCCGUUGCUCGAAAAUAUCUUCGUUUGGCUCUUCGAUGACUUUUAACGUGCUUCCUGAGAUAACAACUUCCCAACCAGCCAGCCGUGUUCCGUGCAGUAUGCCAGAGAAUUUAGUACUUGCUGAUCCCAACUUCCACGAGCCAGGACAAAUCGACAUCAUCAUUGGUGCUCAAGCCUUCUACGAUCUGCUUUCCGAUGGUCGAUUCAAAGUGUCUGAUCAUGGUCCCAGCCUACAGAAUUCGGUUUUCGGUUGGAUCGUGUCAGGUACUGUUCCAAAACAGAAAACGUCCAGGGUUUUUCAAAAAAGAUUCCAGUUCAAGUCCAAAUCAUCCAGCCAAAUGUCAAACCCUCGUUUAACUAACGGUGCAAUCAGUGUCGGCGGCCGGUUGCAAAAUGCACCAAUUUCGAUGAUCCACUCCCAAAACAACAAGUUUACCAAAGGCAGUCAGUAA